AUGACUGCCAUACGCUGGCUUCGUGGCCAGUCCAAGUCAUUCAGAUCAUAUGUGGCUUGUCGGGUCGGUGAAAUUACCACUGACUUUGAUCCAGUCAAAGACAUUGCCUACGUUCCAACUGACCAGAACAUUGCUGAUUUGAUCUCACGUGGUGUCACCGCAGAUAGAGCGAUGGAUGUGAUCAAAGGUCCAGAUUACCUCCGUUUGCCGCCGUCUGAUUGGCCACAUACGCCGGAAGUCAACAUCGAUCAUGAGGACAAGGAACUCAAGAAAUUUCACGUUCAAAACGCCAAGGUGCUGGCAUUCAAUGUGACUACGCCUCAACCUGUCAUCGAUCCGACCACAUUCUCGAGUUGGCCUCGUCUGAUCAUGGUGACUGCAGACUUUGAGAGAGACAUUGACUUUACUGAUCACCACAUCAUGCGCCAUAACCCGAUAUUCGAUGAGGCAUCACAAGUGCACCGUGUUGGGGGCCGUGUAGACAAAGCACCGUUAUCAUACGACAUGCGCCACCCUUACUUGUUGCCAAAAAAGGGACACAUCUCACUGUUGAUUACCCGCGAGAGACAUCGCCAUGCGCUACAUGGCGCACAUUUGCGCACAGUCACUGAAAUUCGCAGAACCUACUGGAUCGUCGGAGACGUCAGACUUGCAAAGGCUGUCAUUCGUGUCUGUAAAGUCUAUAUACGUAACCGAGGAAAGCCGCCGCAGCAGUUCAUGGCAGAACUGCCCAACUUCAGGAUCAAACCGUUCACACCAGUAUUCCACACCACCCUUGUGGAUUAUCUGGGACCUGUAUUCGUGAAACUCAACCGUAAUACGACAACGAAGGGGUACUGCGCCGUCUUCACUUGUGCGGUCGUACGGGCAGUACACCUCACCUGUGUACAGGACUUAACCACUGAAGCAUUCCUACAAGCAUUAGAACGAUUCAUCAGUUUCCGGGGGGCCCCGUCCCUCAUGUUAAGUGAUAAUGCAACAUGUUUCCGUGGAGCUGACAAGGAGUUACGUGAAUUAGGAUUGAAACUCGACAAGGAUGAAAUUCGGUCCGCCAGGCUCAGCAUUGAGUGGAAAUUUGGUCCACCAGACGGUCCUCAUCAUCAGGGACCUGUUGAAAGAAUAGUGCAGGAAGUGAAACGCGCAAUGAAAGUACUUGUGAAAACGGACAAACUUACAUUUGUCGAGUGGGAGACUGUGUUUGCACAGAUAUCUGCUGUGCUCAACUGUCGUCCGUUGACAGCAGUCUCAUCAUCCCCGUUGGAUGACCCACCUAUAACUCCGAAUCACUUUCUCAUUGGCCGUGGCGAAUUACCAUCACCAAUCGUCCCAUGUGAACCAUUCGCCGGAAACCUGCGAAAGCGCCGCCAGUUGUGUAACGAAAUCGUAAACAAUUUUUGGAAGCGCUGGAUUACUUGCAUCCAGAAAUUGUCGCCGAGACCAAAAUGGUCUACCGAGAAGGAAAAUCUCGAGGAAAGUGACGUUGUUUUAGUCGUCGACGAGAAAAUGAAACGCGGUCAGUGGAGAAUGGCUGAAGUCAUCAAUGUGUACCCGGGAAAAGACAAUCACAUUCGUGUAGUGGAUGUACGUUUCGCAGACGGUCUUGUCUUAAAGCGCCCAAUUUCGAGACUCAUUCUGCUUAUGAAAGCGUCCGAACGAGAGGAUAUCACAAGGAAUGCCUAA